AUGGCUGCUCUCGAUAUCAAGCCGUCCCUGGAGGACGCGCGCAAGCUCUUCGACCAGACAUGCCAAGCAUCCGCAACAUCGACAACAUCCCCAAGGCCCACCCUUCUCCCCCUCUGCAUCUCCCUGCCUGCCGACCUCUUGACGCCCUCGGCCAUCUACCUCAAGCUCUCCAAAGGAGCGACAGCUGAAUACUCGUUCCUCCUCGAGAGCGCUACUGGCAGCACCGAGACAGUCGGCCGCUACAGCUUCAUUGGAGCCGACCCCCGAAAGGUCCUCGCGACUGGCCCCGGUUACCAAGAUGUCGGCGAUCCCAUGAGAGCCCUCGAGCAGGAGCUCGCCAAGGACAAGGUCCUCAGCAUUCCCGCCCUCCGACUACCCAAGCUGACCGGCGGCGCUGUCGGCUACAUCUCGUACGACUGCAUCAAGUACUUCGAGCCCAAGACGGUCAAGGGCCGCGAACUCAAGGACAACCUGCAUAUUCCCGAGGCCCUUUUCAUGCUGUACGAUACCGUAGUCGCCUUCGACCACUUUUCUUCCGCCUUUACCCUCGUCACCCAUGUCAGACUUCCCGAAGACCCCUCCGGCGACUUCGAGGCGGCAUAUAACGCGGCUUGCGACAAGAUUCGCUCGACCCUCGAUGUGGUUAACCAGCCCGAGACGCCGCUUCCCCCCACGCUCGAGAGUGAUCCCGCCUCCGACCAGACAUAUGCUUCCAACGUUGGACGCCACGGUUACGAGACGUUUGUGACGGAGCUCAAGAAGAACAUCGUCAAGGGUGACAUCAUUCAGGCCGUCCCCUCUCAGCGCUUUUCUCGCAGCACCAGCCUACACCCCUUCAACAUCUACCGUACUCUGCGCACACUCAACCCCUCGCCAUACCUCUUCUUUCUCUCGUGCUCCGAUUUCCACAUUGUUGGCGCCUCGCCCGAAUGCUUGAUGAAGACCGACGGCUAUGCCAACCUUCCCGAGGAUACUCGUUUCGGCUAUAGCGCUGCCGAGGCCCGCUCUCGCCCCAAGAUCGUCAACCAUGCCAUUGCUGGUACCAUCAAGCGUGGCCUCAACUCGGAAGAGGAUGACGCGCUUGCGGCUGAACUGCUGGCCUCUACCAAGGACCGCGCCGAGCACGUCAUGUUGGUCGAUCUGGCCCGCAACGAUGUCAACCGUGUCUGUCACCCGUCCACGGUCAAGGUCGACCGCCUCAUGCGUAUCGAUCGCUUCUCUCACGUCCAGCAUAUUACCUCAGAGGUCUCCGGCCUGCUGCGACCCGAAUGCACCCGUUGGGACGCUAUGCGCUCCAUCUUCCCCGCCGGUACCGUGUCAGGCGCGCCCAAGAUUCGUGCCAUGGAGCUGAUUUACGACUUGGAGAAGGAGAAGCGUGGCAUCUAUGCUGGCGCUGCCGGUUGGUUCGCCUAUGAUGUCGUUCGCACGGAGGGCGGUGAGGGCGACGCCCCUCUUACAACCUUCCUGACCGAAGGACAGAUGGAUACUUGCAUUGCUAUCCGCACCAUGCUGGUUAAGAAUAAGGUUGCUUACCUGCAGGCGGGUGGUGGUAUUGUGUUCGACAGUGAGAAGACUGAGGAGUGGAUGGAGACCAUGAACAAGCUCGCCGCCAAUCUGCGCUGCAUCGAAUUGGCCGAGAAGUACUAUGGGGUCAGCACGGGAUCCAAGUCGGUGCAGGAGAUCAUCGAGGAAGAGAGGAAGAAGGGCGACGAGCAGUACAAGCUGCAGACCAUGAGCGCUGGGGCGUAA